CUGAUCGACGGCAUCGGCUGCACCGUCCUCCCAGGCCUCAUCGACUCCCAUGUCCACGUCGACAAGGAAGACCAGCUCGACAAGCUCGCUUCCGCAGGCGUCACAGCCGGUCUCGACAUGGCCUCCUGGCCACACAGCCUGACCACCGCCAUGCGCGAGGCUUCUGUCGCGCCCAACAAACCCCCGCGUCCUGCUUUUUUAUCGGCUGGUCUCUUCGCCACGGGACCUGGCAGUGUGCACUCCAAGGUCAUGGACGCGCCCGCCGAUGCUGUGCUCACUUCGCCAGACCAGGCGGAGGCAUUUGUGGGUCAGCGGGUUGCAGAGGGGUCCGAUUACAUCAAGCUUGUCGCCGACGUGCCGGGCCCGUCACAGGAGACACUUGACGCACUGGUUAGAGAGGCUCAGGCGGUAGGGAAGAAAACGGUUGCGCAUGCUGCGUACCAUGAGCCGUUUCUCAUGGCUUUGAAGUCAGGUGCGGAUUGUUUGACGCACGUGCCGAUGGAUAUGGCUCUGGAAGUGGACUGGGCGAGGACGCUGGCGGACCAAAAUAGGGUUGUUUGCCCUACUCUGGUGAUGAUGAAGGUCAUGGUCGAGGUCAAGAACAGACUUCGGGCUGGUGGAGGUCCGAAAGGGCCAGAUGGCUUGGAUCUGUCGUCGAUGCCCAGUCCUCUACUCGAUUUUGCCCAUAGCGUCGAGUCUGUUCGUGUCCUGAAGGAUGCUGGCGUGCAGAUACUGGUCGGAACAGACGCUAAUGUAGGCCUUGUGCAUGUCGAGCACGGUAAGGGCAUGCAGCAAGAGAUGCGGUUAUUGCAAGAAGCUGGAAUGAAGCCGGUCGAGAUUUUGCGGUCAGCCACCAGCCUUCCUGCCUUGUAUUGGGGCUUGUCUGGGCGGGGGUACAUUCGUGGGGGUGCCAUAGCGGAUGUCCUUCUGGUGAGAGGCAAGCCUUAUAACGAUAUAAAUCAUAUAUCAGAUCUGGAAAGGGUUUGGAUUGGCGGA